AUGUAUUAUUAAGCAUAGCCUCCAAUGAUGCCGCUUGCACAUAUGAUGAACAACCCAGUUUAAAUGCAAUAGGCAACAAAUAUAAGAAAACCUGACUUUCCACCUGAUGUAAGAUAGCAUGAUUACAAUUAGAUGCAACCAAUUUUUGUGAUUCCUUAAAUAGCGCACAUUAAAUCUUAGCCAAAACCAAAAUGCAGACCUUAUGACCCAAUUUUAGGGUUAGGUAGAAAGGCUGAGUGGAUGAUUGAUAAAUUUGAAGAUGAAUAUGAGCAAAUGUAAAGAGAAGAAAAAGAGAAGGGUAAUUUUAUAUUAAUAACAAAAUAGAUAUUGUAAAACCAUCUAGAUUACCUCCAAAGAUAUUAAAGAGAUUAGAAAAGAAGCAUCUUCACAAUGAAGAAUUAAAGAAGCUACUUUAAUUAUGGAAUCCAUUUGAAGAUCCUAAUAUCACAUCUGAACCUUAUAAAACACUAUUUGUGAGUAGAUUGAAUUAUGCCACAACUGAUAAAAAAUUGCGUAAGGAAUUUGAAGAAUAUGGACCAAUCAAAUCAAUAAGAAUCAUACGUGAUUCUACAUAAGAUAAGCCUAGAGGCUAUGCAUUCAUUGGUAAGGGGGUGAUCUUAAAUUAAAAGAGUAUGAGAGCAAGAACAGUGUUAAAUAAGCUUAUAAAUAUGCAGUAGAUAAGCGUAUUGAUGGAAGAAAGUUAGUAGUUGACAUCGAAAGAGGUAGAACAAUUCUGAAAUGGAGACCCCGUAGACUUGGAGGUGGUCUAGGGGAAUUGAGAAGAUCAAGAAGUGAAGAAAUAUCUAAAAAACCUAAAGAAGAACAUGUAGAGAAAGAUGAGGAGGACAAAAGAAGAAAAUCAAAGAAAGGUAUUAAAUUUUCUAAUUAUUUUUUUUAGAAGAAGUAAAACCAUCCAAGAAACCUAGAGAGAGAUCUCGAUCAAAGUCUGUCAAAAAACAUAAGAAGAGAGAAGAAAGUCCAAUUAAAAAAUAAAAAAGAAGAGAAAAAUCAAAAAAAAGAUAUAAAUGAGUU